AUAUUCUUUCUUUGAGACGGGUUUUAUUUGCUCACACCUUCUUCUCCGCAGCGCGAGUCAGCUAGGGUUUACAAUAUCGCAGUUCAGAAAACAUGGCGACCGUGGUGCCAACCUCCGAAGAAGACGCUGCCCUCACCGUCGUUCGAUUCGCCUCUGAACUUGCCUGGGCUGAUGCCGGUCCUGAGGUUGCUGAGCCACAAGUUAGUAGACUCUGCAUGGAGGCUGAAGAGUUCAUUGGUAUGGGAAAGUGGUUGGAGUUAGCAUCAUUGAUGAUUACCUCUGCUGAAUUGAUUUUCUCUAAGGUUUCUGAAAAAGAUAUAGAGUCCAUCUUCACUAUCAUUUGCAAUCUUGUUACAAAGACUGCGAAUCCAGAUGAAGCAAUGGAGAUUGUAAAAGUUGUAACUGCAAAAAUACUUCAGCAGCCAAACGAAAAGCCUGUUGUGCGAUUGAAAAUUUUGAUCAAUCUGUACAAUCUUUUGGAGACUCCAUACUGCCAGUUUUAUGUUUACAUGAAGACACUGAAUUUAGCUGUUGAUGGGAAAGUCACUGAAUUCAUUAUACCUUCAUUCAAAAAAAUUGACAACUUUUUGAAAGACUGGAAAAUCGGGAUACCGGAACAGAGAGAGCUCUUUCUUGCUAUUUCUAAUAUUUUGAAGGAAAAUAAAAGUAUGUCAAAGGAUGCUUUAAAGUUCCUGACCAGUUAUCUGGCAACUUUUUUGGGAGAAGAUGCCCAUGUUUUGAGUGAAGCCAAGGAGGAGGGUGCACAUGCAAUUGUGGAAUUUGUUAGGGCUCCUGACAUCUUUCAGUGUGAUUUACUAGACUUGCCGGCUGUUGCUCAACUGGAGAAGGAUGCCAAAUAUGGUUUGUUAUAUGAGCUUCUUAAGAUUUUUGUUACUCAGAGGCUGGAUGCUUACUUAGAAUAUCAUGCUACAAAUUCCACCUUGUUGAAAACUUAUGGCCUUGUACAUGAAGAAUGCAUUGCUAAAAUGAGGCUGAUGUCAUUGGUGGAUCUUAGCUCCGAUGCAUCUGGCACCAUUCCUUAUGAACUUAUCAGGGACACACUUCAGAUCAAUGAUGAUGAGGUGGAACUGUGGGUGGUUAGAGCAAUAACUGCCAAGUUAAUUGACUGUAAGUUGGAUCAAAUGAAUCAAGUAGUGGUUGUUAGUCAUCCUACUGAUCGUGUGUUUGGUCAGCAUCAAUGGCAGGCACUGAGAACAAAGCUGGUGACAUGGAGGGGAAAUGUUGCGAAUGUUAUCAGUACCAUUCAGGCCAACAAAAUAACGGAAGAUGGGCCCCAGGCUGCCCAAGGGUUGGUAGCUCGGUGAGGACGUUUUCGAGUGAAGCAAUCAGCCGAGUAUCUAGAUUUUAUCCAAGUGGAAUUUUUUGAUCUUAAAAACUGUAAUUUGUUUUGUUACAAAUUCAUAAAUUUAUUUUAGUUGACUACUGACUCUAAUUGUACUACCCAACUUUGGGAGAGAGCUAUUAUUAUUGAAUUUUAUGUUUUGUUGACCUGCCUCA